CAUCUGCUUCUGCUGCUGCUGUCUCUGCAGCGCAUCGUACUGCUCUCUCCUCGCCGGCGGCGUCGCGGAGGACGAGAGCGAGGAUGCGGCGGUCAUUUCAGGUGGCGACGGCACGACGCGGGUCUGCGCGAGCGCAAGGAAAUCCUGCUGCUGCUGCUGCCAGCGCUCCGGCAGACUGAACCCACUCAUUUCUUUCUGUGUAUUUUAUCAGCAAUACCGUCAGCUGCGUGCUCUUCAGAUGCAGGUCUUCAAUAGGCAAACUGAUGUCGCGGCGCAACAAGCCCCAGACGCGUAUAAUCAGUACGAAACCCCGCUUACUCAGCAUCAGCACUCACGUGACGCUUGUUUGGACGGUUAAGCCAUUACCUCGCCUCCUGCACGAUUGCGCACCCAUCCAUCACAACACCAGGACGGUCUCCGGGCACAAGUUCAGGCAGAGUAAAACAUAAACAAACAGCUACGCGUCAAGACUCUACUCACAGCAGCAACGCACAAAUGAACGUGAUCGACCCCAACAUCGGGCUCGCGCCGCCCGCGGGCGAGGAAAUCGACCCGAAGAAGACGUGCAUCUUUUGCCGCCGGACGUUUUCGCACCCGGGCUCGCUCGGUCGCCACCUGGACCUCAAGCGCGGGACGAGGAUGCACCCGGCCGAGGCGGUCGACCAGCUGCGCGGGGACGUCAAGCGGCGCGGCGAUAUAGUCGAGAUCAAGGCGCGGCGGGCGAAGCGCGCGAAGGAGUACAACGCGCGCGACGAGGUCAAGGAGCGGGCCAAGAUGCGCCGGAAGGAGAAGGAGCGGGCGGGGAGGGCGCGCGAGGAGGCAAAGAUCAACUUCCUUGACCGUCUCGGGCUGCCGGCGCUGCCUCCGCACCCGUCGUUCCCGUACAUGGUGCUCUACUUUCUCUCGCCGUCGCAGUGGCCGCAUGACCCGCCUACGCAGGAGACGUACAACCAGCUGAUGCUUAUCCUCGACCCGUCGAUGCAUCUCGAGGACGAGCAUUUCAUCGACUGGUCGUCGAAGGCGAAGGUUGCGUACGACAACUGGCAGCAGCUGAGCAAGAGCAAGAAGAUCGAGGUGUGGAAUCGCGAGCAGCGGUCUGCGGCCGAGGCGGCGCUGGGGACGUUGACGCUGUAUGAUCUUGGGCGGCGCGAGGAUUGGUUGAUUGAUGAGGAGAAGAGGUUGGUUGCGAUGGAGGGAAUGCAGAUGUAGCAGCCGAGAGCAGAUUGAGUUGAGUGGAUUACGAUAAACUGUGAUGGAGAUGUUCAGUCUGAUCCAUAAUAAGCACACGACAUAUCUUA